AAUCCACGAAACAAAAAUUCCAAAGACCGAAAACCGGAAAGCUGAAAUCGAUUUGGGGAUUUCACUUCAGCCUUUUGUCCUCCCUCUCUUCUCUCUUUUGCCUGAGGAGGUGUUCAAGCACCUCUUCGGAUUCGUUUGAUUUUCUCUCUGGGUUUUGAUUUGCCUCUCCAAUGGCGUCCGAAAUCUUCAACGACAAGACCGCUGUUUUCAGAAAACUGAAAGCCAAGGCAGAAAACAAGAUGUGUUUCGAUUGUAAUGCGAAGAACCCGACCUGGGCAUCGGUUACAUAUGGGAUCUUUCUCUGCAUCGAUUGCUCCGCCGUUCAUCGUAGUCUCGGCGUUCACAUCAGCUUUGUUAGAUCUACAAAUUUAGACUCAUGGACUCCUGAACAGCUGAGAACGAUGAGCUUUGGAGGAAACAACCGUGCACAAGUUUUCUUUAAGCAGCAUGGAUGGACGGAUGGAGGCAAAAUUGAGGCUAAGUACACAUCAAGAGCUGCCGAGUUGUAUAGGCAUAUACUUACCAAAGAAGUUGCCAAAAGUAUGGCAGAAGAGGCAGGUCUUCCAUCAUCUCCUGUUGCAUCUCAGUCAGGACAAGCAUCUAAUGGGCUUCCUGAUGUCAAGACCCAUGAAGCUCCAAAAGAGAACUCUAUAGCAAGGAAAGAAACACCUGAAAUCGCUGCUUCCCCGAAAGCCCCUCAUACGUAUGUUACCAGUACUGUUAAGAAGCCUCUUGGUGGUGCUAAGAAAACUGGGAAGACCGGGGGGCUUGGUGCUCGCAAACUUACUACAAAGCCAAGUGAAAGCCUGUACGAUCAGAAACCUGAAGAGCCAGUUGCCCCAGUUCCAGUGCCUUCCUCAACUAACAGCACUCCAACAGCUGGAUCAUCCUUUGCAUCUCGAUUUGAGUAUGUAGAAAUUGUCCAAAAUACUGAGACAAAUCCCACUGGUGCUCAUGUGAUUAGCCAUAUUGCUCCACCAAAGUCAUCAAAUUUCUUUUCGGAUUUUGGAAUGGACAAUAGUUUCCCCAAGAGAACUAGUUCAAAUAGCUCAAAAGUUCAAAUUCAGGAAACUGAUGAAGCAAGAAAGAAAUUCACAAAUGCAAAAUCUAUCUCUUCCGCACAAUUUUUUGGUGACCAGAACAGAUCUGCUGAUGUUGAUGCUCAAGCCUCCUUGCAGAAGUUCUCGGGUUCUGCUGCCAUCUCCAGUGCUGAUCUAUUUGGUGACAGGGGAGAUCCAGCUAUUGAUCUUAAUGCAAGCGACCUAAUCAACCGACUGUCUUUUCAGGCACAACAGGAUAUCUCUUCCUUAAAGAAUAUUGCUGGAGAGACGGGGAAGAAGCUUAGCUCCUUGGCAUCCAAUUUAAUGACGGAUCUUCAGGACAGAAUCCUGUGAUGUUGAUAUGCUUUCUGUUCAUUUGUUAAAGUAAGUACACCAGCCAAUAUCAUAUGUAGGGGUUGUAAAGAGAGUUGAUAAAAUUCUUCCAAAGACCAGUAAGACUUAUCGAUAAAGUUCUUAAAAAGACCAGUAAGACUUACAAAAAUUUUCGGGGCUUAAGAGUGGCGGGUGUUUUAUUUUGUAGCACAGGAAUUAUUAUUGUUCUGAGAUUGUGGAUUAUAUGUGCUCGUGUUUUUGUAAAACCACCAUAACAUUACUGCUUUGUGCCAAGGGAGCAAGGCCUGUAUUCUGUUGAAACUGUGGAUUCUGUCCCUGCCCAAUUUUAAUUCAAUCUUUUAUAAGUGAA